GCGCGUUGGCCGCUCUGGCAGGGAUGUUCGCGCCCUACGCGAGCUACGACUGCUACAGCUACUUCUUCUACGUGCUGUGGACGGCCAAGAGCAACCCGGCCGUGAGCAACAAGAUGCUGGUGGACCUGCAGAUCUUCCAAAACAACCUCACCCGGUCGCUGAUGACGCUCCUGGCAGUCUACCUGACGGUGUCCACCACCUCCUGGCUGUUCUGGCGGAUCCGGCUCGCGAUCCGGGACUUCGACUACAGCGACAAGGAGCUGGCCCUCAUGUUCGACGAGUCGUGGGCCCCGCACGAGGCAAACUUGGAGGACCUGAUCCUAACCCAGUACGCCGCGCCCGAAGACAACGGGGGCUCGAAUGCGUCUGGCUCGUUGAACGGAACGACGACGUGUGUGGUUGAGGAAGACGAGGAGGAUAGUUGUGACGAGGAGGAUGUAGUUCAACGUGAUCUCUAUGGUGACAAUAACGAUAAGCCUGCUGGUAUAGCUUCGAAGAAGAAAAUCGAGAGCAGCUCUUUUGUCCUCCUUCAGCGGUCUAACACUGCGAAUACGGUAAACUUUCACGACCUGAUGUACAAUAGCAUGUUGUCAUACACAAGCGAAAACGAGGCGGGUCAGCAGGCGGGGAAUCAGGAUUUGUGCGGGGCCUCCGGAAAGGAAAUUAUACAAAAUCUUGUUGAUGAGCAGCGCAGAACUAGCCUCCAGAUGAACAAUCAUACCAUGCAGCAGAUCAAAUGCGAUCAUCUUCCUGCGCGGGGGGUCUCAAAUGAAGAAGAAUUAUACGCUGGUGACAAUCAUGCCAGUAGAGACCACAACAUCACGGACGAAGGAGAUGAUCGCAGAGCUGCGUCCGGGCAGCACCAGCCCCAGGAGCUGCAUCCUCAUUUACUACCUGUCGAAAACAAUAACACGCCAAGCACCGUCGGGACUGGGUCUGGUUCUUCGCCAGUAGAUAAAGACAUGAAUAAUUUUGACACCACAUCUGCAAAGGGAAGCGUUGGUGGAUUGGGAUCCUCCACAUCUAGAUCGACCCCUCCACGAGAUAGAAGACUGGAAAACGAAAAUGCAAGAGAUCCUCUAGCGGCGCCGGAUCAAGCCCAAGACGUCGGCGAAGAACGUCACGACAAAGACGUGUCUUCACCUUCCACAUUUCCUUCAAGAACCAUUCCGCCGCUGGCAGGAGCGACAGGAUCUACUGCUGGUGUUCCAGCAGCAGCUGCUACAGGAGCAUCCUCUUCCUCAUUGCAGCAUCGUAACUCGCCUUCACCUCCUGCCCAUAUAAUUCCGCAAGAAAAUUAUAACGCAUCUUCCGUUCCGUCCAGCAGCCCGCGCUCGGUGAAAAUCAAUCCGGACGCAGAUUUGUCGGCUUACAGCUACAGUGCCGGUUUGCCGCAGUUAUCGUCCUCGCCGCUGCUGCAAAUUCCGCUCCCGCCUGGUAGGUCCUCGUCUUCGACGGUGCCAAGGGCGAACUCUUCUCAGGCCGGCGCGGCUUUCAACAGUAAUGCCGCAGAAAUAACUGGUGCGACUGCGACCUACACAACUACGAAUGACUCUCACUAUUCGUAUAAUUCCCGGAGGUCGCUCAAUUCUUUCACGCUGCAAUCCUCCGGAACACGGAGUUCUUGCACGACCGGAGGUUUGAUUCCCGGUUGUGUAACUACUGAAUCCACGAGGAUCGAGACUGGAACGAAAAUGAGGAUGAACAGUGCUGGAAACAACAACUCGCGAAACGAUGAUUUUAUUACCGCGGAGCAGCAAAAUCAGCAGCACAUCAUGAAUACCACCUUCAGCCGCAGCCCGAGAAGUAUAAUCCCUACGACGCCACCAGGCGCAGCAGCAGGUCCUGGUCGUAGUAACACAACUACUUCUAGUACGCACAACCACGCCGCAGGCGGGGCCUCCACGGGAAGGGAGAGCACGAGCAACAGGAAAAAUAAAGAUCGGAAGAAUAAAUUAUCGAUGAGCGGGACUACGAGCACAGGCAAGAAGAAGAGAAACGAGACUGCGUUCCUCGAGCACAUUGAGGAAGCGAACCGCCGGAAUCUCGCUUUGCGGGAAGCAACUCGGCUAGAGUCCGCCAGGUCGCUUGCGUCCUCGAGUGGGCAGCAGCAUGGAGUUGUGCAACCUAAUCGAGGAAAUCGCAACUUCUAUGGCGGAGAAGCAGGAGCCGCGCAACAGGGUCGUGGGCAGAGAGGUCGAACCUCCUCGCACAGUAACCCUGACCCCGCGGCGCUCGCUUUGCUGGCAAGCACGGAUCAUGUGGACCUUUAGCUAGACCCGGCUUGUUAUUACGCAGUUGUUAGCGGAGUAGACAUUGGCAUUGCUUGACAUUGACAAAAGCAACAAGCGGCGACGCGACCGGGUCUGAAGCUGUGUGGCUUCCGUAUCCGUACCUUAAUGUUCGCAAGUGUACAAAAAACCUGGAGCAACGUGCUCCCCCGAGCAGCGCGACUGCGCCUGAAGCUGUGUGGCUUCCUUAUCUUUGGAAGGGGGAAAAACUUGAUGCGUGCUGUUGUUGUAGUUGUUUACAGCAAGAAAAAGAAUCGUAAAUGCAUACAUGUUGAUGCAACUCCACCUGUACUUCGUUGCUUUAACCGUUGAGAGAACAGUAUUGGAAACUAUCCCAGAAGAAGUGUCGGGACCUCUAGUACAAUUUGACGUAAUUUGAUGAAUAACCAGCGAGUUGCACCCCUACCUCCCUAACCCUUCACUCACAAAACUAUUUUGUUGAACGAGACGUAGUUCUCUCGCUUUCAAAAAUCGGAGGAACACAAUGAUGGAGUGCUUUUCGUCGACGUCCUCAGCAUACUUACAAAGAAGUCGUGGUCCUCCCCUUUAUGCAAGCUGCAGCCGGACGGGUGUCUCGAGGCGCUUGCAUGGAGGGCGGCACUGCUCAUGAAGGCCAGUAUAAGUUAGUCUUAGCUCGAACUAUGGGAAGAUCAGCUGCCAUACUUUUUUGUGACUGCCAAGCAUUCACCGACCGUAGACAGUGUUCUACGGUUUUCCUGUAGUUGUUGAUGUGUAAGUAGCGACCAGGAUUUUAUCGACGUCAUGUUAUCACUGAUAGUUCUUGUAAAGGUGCUAGAAGGUGUGCACAACUCGAAGGAGCAGUAGAGGUACGCGAUGCAUGAUUUUGCAGAAGUCACCUUCUACCCUCUCACUGUCACAACUUCCUUGACAGACAAGUCAUGUCGGGCGCAUGCAUAAUUCUUACGCAGUGGCGGGAAAAAUCUGUGCUGUAGCUGCAAUCUGGGUUUUGAUGCCCAAUGUCGUGUACUGAUGUUAGGCGUGUACUGAUGUUAGCAGAACUUGUAGAUGUAGUUCUGGACGGGUAGUUCUUGGAGUGUCUUAGAGACUCAGACUUGAAUAGCGACUGGCUCCUCACGACACGCAGUUGCACUUAAUAGCAGCUUUCCAUAGUGUAGCUCUUUACGACCGUCAGGAAGCUUCAUCUUGCAGAUUCUCAUUCUGGAUGUUGACUAGGACUACCUCGACGUUCUUGAUCCGUACCCCGGAUUGGGUUGUCUCCACCAUUUUAUGUUGCACAUCAUUCGACGAGUAAGCAUCAUUGCAGUUGUGGUCCUCGCUGCAGACCAUGUCGCCUAGAAGUAAGAACUUUUCCGGUUGUACAUGAGCACGGCAGGAUUUAUUCUGUUAAGGUCAACAUGUGAUAAUUGAUUGUCAUUUAUCAACAACGACUUGGCCUGCUUUAAAGCGGAUCGUAGAUUCUCACAACCCUUGGUAAAUGUGACAGCACUGCAUCAACAUACGAGGUCCACCGACGGGUGUGAGCAGCAUUCCAACCAAUACAUGAAGAUGUAACUACGCAACCCGCUGUUUAUUGCUCUUCUUGCCAUCCCCAUGAAGAAGAAGAUCGUGCG